AGCGUCGUCGUCGCGUCGGCUCCUACCCCGCGCCUUCCUCGCCCGCUCGCCCGCUCGCGCGCGCCUCCCUCCUCCCCUCCCCCGCCGCUCCGGCUCGGGGGCGCGUCCGGCGCCGACGGAGCCCCGGCCUGCCGCCGAUUCGCGCGCACCGCGAUGCCCGUGCCAGGUUGGUUUCGCGGCAAAUUGAGGUCCAGGUCCAAGCCCAAGCCCGGCGCCGCGGCCGUCUCCUCCGCGGCCUCCUCCCCGCGCAAGUCCGUCGACCUCGACUACCCGUCCCCGUCCCCGACCCCCCGGGCGCGGGAGAAGACCCGCAGCCUCGACUCUCCGGCCGCGCGCCAUGGCCCGCGCGGCGCCGAGCUGCAGUACAAGCUCCCGGUGCCUGUGACUAGCCCGGAACCGGAGACCCCGCCUGUAGGGCCUCUGUGCGAGGAGGCCGCCGAUGUGGCCGGCUGCUCGUCCGUCUCGGGGUCCAGCGUGUGCUCUUCGUCGGACGACGCGCCGGAUCACCAUGAUUCUAGGUCUAUGGAUCCAAUUGCUUUUUCCAAGGGAAGAGAUAUGACAUCUGACACAGCUAUCAUCUUAAAUGAAGACAAACACUUCAUGUCAUGUAGUAUGCCACGGGAGCAUCACAAGUUCUUUGAGGCGCCUGUUUCUAACAUGAGAGCUCUUCAUUUGCAUAAUGAUGAUCCUUCAACUAGCGAAGGUAGUUGUUCACGCGGCAGAAUGUUGACUGAAGAUAUAUUUGGUCCAAGAACGAGGAGCCCUUCCCCUGGCCGAAAAACCCAUACCUUUGCUAUGAAUAGUAAUGUACAUUCAAAAGAAUUCGGGUUUAGCCCAAGGUCACCAUUGAAAAUGAUUGAUGGUUUGAGAAGCCCGCCUCAUCCCUUGCCUCUUCCUCCAGCUCCCGGUGCCUGCUCACCUCUACCUCCAUCUCCCACUGCUUGUUCACCUCUUCCUCCAUCUCAAACCGCUUGCUCGCCUCUUCCUACAUCUCCUACUGCUUGCUCACAGUCCCAAUCACAGUGGAAAAAGGGGAAAUUAUUAGGGAGUGGAACAUUUGGCCAGGUUUAUCUUGGAUUUAACAGUGAAAAUGGACAGUUUUGCGCGAUUAAGGAAGUACAAGUUAUUUCAGAUGAUCCGCAUUCAAAAGAACGACUUAAACAACUGAAUCAGGAAAUAGACAUGCUUAAGAAAGCAUCACACCCGAACGUUGUGCAAUACUAUGAUAGUGAAAUGACUGACGACACCCUUUCAAUUUAUCUUGAGUAUGUUUCUGGGGGCUCGAUUCAUAAGUUACUUAGGGAGUAUGGCCCUUUUAAGGAACCUGUGAUUCGCAAUUAUACUGGUCAAAUUCUCGCUGGUCUUGCGUAUUUGCAUGCGAAGAACACUGUCCACAGAGAUAUUAAAGGAGCAAACAUACUUGUUGGCCCUAAUGGUGAUGUUAAACUUGCCGACUUUGGCAUGGCCAAGCAUAUAUCAUCUUUUGCUGAAAUACGCUCUUUCAAAGGAAGUCCUUACUGGAUGGCUCCUGAGGUCAUUAUGAACAGUAAAGGUUACAAUCUAGCUGUUGACAUUUGGAGUUUGGGAUGUACAAUUAUUGAGAUGGCAACGGCAAGACCUCCUUGGCACCAGUAUGAAGGGGUAGCUGCAAUAUUUAAGAUUGCAAACAGUAAAGAUACACCUGAAAUCCCAGAUAUUUUUUCUGAGGACGGGAGAAGUUUCUUGAAACUGUGCUUAAAGCGUAAUCCAGCAUCUCGUGCCACCGCAAGUCAGUUGAUGGACCAUCCUUUUGUUCAGGACCAUCCAGCAGUAAGAGCAGCAAAAGCCAGUGCACUGAGAAAUGCAUUUUCUGCUCCAGCAGAUGUGAAGCAUACAAUGUCCAACAGGGAGUUGCCAUCACGAAGAAGUAUUACCCCCUUAAGGGAUAUAGGCGUGAGUGCACGAGAUUUUUCCGGAUUUUCUACAACUGUCCCUUCACCCCGUACCUCGAGCCCUAUUCCUGUGAGAACAAACAUGUCUCUACCGGUGUCCCCCUGCUCAAGCCCACUGAGGCAAUUUAAACAGUCCAACUGGAGCUGCCUGCCAUCCCCGCCCCACCCAAUGCUUUCGUCUGGCGCUGCAGCUUACAAUUCAUCAAGCUACGCACUGAAUCAGGCACGACGAAUGCCGGACCCCUGGCAGGAUGGCUCCUUGAAACUUCAAAGUCCUUAUGGUUCUCCAAAAAGGUUCUAAGCGUCUUUUGUGGAGCUUCAGCAUGAAAAAUGCACCCAUAACAUGGUAGAUGCUCAGAGUUGUUCUGUCUGCAGCCUCUUGUAGCUUUGUGUUGCGACACCGGUCUGAUUUACUGUACAGUGGAAAUGGGUUCUCGAGGAAAGAGGAUGUAUCAUGAUCUGUAUAUAUAUAGGCCGUUGUCUCUUCCACUAUAUAUAUCAUGAUGUAAAUCAAUACAAACCCUUAUAGCAAUACGGGUUGUAAAAGCUCACGGUUGUUGUUAGGGAUCAUCGACUUUCAGUGGCAGAUAUUGGAAAUUGAGCUGGCUAAUGUUCCAUGUAAAACAUCGGAGAGAAAGUGAAUGUAUAUAUAUAUUCUGAAA